UGAUCUUUAUGUUUAUGGUUUAGGGUUUAAGGUCAUUUAUCUGUCACAAAAAGAACAAGAAUUGUCUUCUCUCUCUUUUCUUUUUACCUGCGAAUUUGUUUAGAAGAAGACGCUAAGAGAAAGAGACGACAUGGGAGACCGAAACGUUCGUAUGAUGCUUCCCAUGAGUGUCCAAUGCAAUAGAUGCGGAAACUAUAUCUACAAGGGAACCAGAUUCAAUUCGCGUAAAGAAGACGUCAUCGGCGAGACAUAUCUCGGGAUUCAAAUCUUUAGAUUCUACUUCAGGUGCACCCACUGCGAUGCAGAGCUGACAAUGAAGACUGAUCCAAAAAAUUCAGAUUGUAUUGCAGAAUCUGGGGCAACUCGUUAUUCACCCUGGACUUAGAUAUAGCUUUUUGAGUUUUUUUUUUUGUCAUGCAUGAUAUCUAUUUGCAAUUUACGCUACAUUAUGGAAUAAUGCACAAGUUUAAUAGAGCCCUGACACGAUGGAAACAUCAACUUUCUCU